GGCAACACCAUUCAAGAAGGGUUGGCAAGAAUAGUUCGAAUUUACAUCUUAUAAAUACGAAAUAAUAUAACGAAAUGAAAUUCUAUCCUCUGGUGUUAUUAAUGAGUUCAGUGUUUCUCUUUGGCACAAUCAAAACAGACAAUAGUGAGAGCCGCGAAUCAAUUAGGGCUAUUGCUUAUCGAAUACCAAAACGAAUAACUACGACUACAAGACGCUUAGUUACCCGGAAAACUGUAAUUAAAAGCAGUGAGAGUGACAGUGAGUCUAUUGAAAUUAACAAAAGUAUAACUAAACGUCCCACGGUUAUAACAACUAGUUCAUCACCUACUAAGACAGUAAGUCAUGAGAGUAGUACAACUGCAAAUAACAAUAAUAUAGAACCCAGAAAUGACGCACUGCCUGUGAUUGAAGGACCAAACCUUGAUCCAAAUAGAAGUGACGAUAAUGAAGAACAAAUUGGAAGCAAUGAGAGUGACGACAAAAGCGUUGCAGAAACAGUAAAUGAAACACUGCCAGAAAUAAAUGGGUCAAGUCAAGAAGAUGAUCCAAAUAAAAGUGACGACAAAAGCAAUGCAGAAACAGUAAAUGAAACACUGCCAGAAAUUAAUGGGUCAAGUCAGGAAGAUGAUCUAAAUAGAAGUGACGAUAAUGAAGAAGAAAUUGCAAGCCAUGAUAGUGAUGCAGAAAUAGUAAAUGAAACACCGUCAGAAAUUAAUGAGUCAAGUCAGGAAGAUGAUCCAAAUGCAAGUGACGAUAAUGAAGAACAAAUUGCAAGCAAUGACAGUGACGAUAAGAGCGCUGCAGAAACAGUAAAUGAAACACCGGUAGAAAUUAAUGAGUCAAGUCAGGAAGAUGAUCCAAAUAAAAGUGACGACAAUGAAGAACAAAUUGCAAGCAAUGAAAGUGAUGAUAAGAGCGCUGCAGAAACCGUAAAUGAAACACCGUCAGAAAUUAAUAGGUCAAGUCAGGAAAAUGAUCCAAAUAAAAGUGACGACAAUGAAGAACAAAUUGUAAGCAAUGACAGUGACGAUAAGAGCGCUGCAGAAACAGUAAGUGAAACACCAUCAGAUAGAUAUGGGUCAAGUCAGGAAGAUGAUCCAAAUAGAAGUGACGACAAAAGCAUUGCAGAAACAGUAAAUGAAACACUGCCAGAAAUAAAUAGGUCAAGUCAGGAAGAUGAUCCAAAUAGAAGUGACGAUAAUGAAGGACAAAUUGCAAGCAAUGACAGUGACGAUAAGAGCGUUGCAGAAACCGUAAAUGAAACACCGGUAGAAAUUAAUGGGUCAAGUCAGGAAGAUGAUCCAAAUAGAAGUGACGAUAAAAGCAUUGCAGAAACAGUAAAUGAAACACUGCCAGAAAUUAAUGAGUCAAGUCAGGAAGAUGAUCCAAAUAAGAGUGACGAUAAAGAAGAACAAAUUGCAAGCAAUGACAGUGACGAUAAGAGCGCUGCAGAAACAGUAAAUGAAACACCGUCAGAAAUUAAUGGUUCAAAUCAGGAAGAUGGUCCAAAUAGAAAUGACGAUAAUGAAGAACAAAUUGCAAGCCACGAGAGUGAUGACAAAAGCAUUGCAGAAACAGUAAAUGAAACACUGCCAGAAAUUAAUGGGUCAAGUCAGGAAAAUGAUCCAAAUAAAAGUGACGAUAAUGGCGAACAAAUUGUAAGCAAUGACAGUGACGAUAAGAGCGCUGCAGAAACCGUAAAUGAAACACCGGUAGAAAUUAAUGGGUCAAGUCAGGAAGAUGAUCCAAAUAAGAGUGACGAUAAAGAAGAACAAAUUGCAAGCAAUGACAGUGACGAUAAGAACGCUGCAGAAACAGUAAAUGAAACACCGUCAGAAAUUAAUGGUUCAAAUCAGGAAGAUGGUCCAAAUAGAAAUGACGAUAAUGAAGAACAAAUUGCAAGCCACGAGAGUGAUGACAAAAGCAUUGCAGAAACAGUAAAUGAAACACUGCCAGAAAUAAAUAGGUCAAGUCAAGAAGAUGAUCCAAAUAGAAGUGACGAUAAUGAAGGACAAAUUGCAAGCAAUGACAGUGACGAUAAGAGCGCUGCAGAAACCGUAAAUGAAACACCGGCAGAAAUUAAUGGGUCAAGUCAGGAAGAUGAUCCAAAUAAAAGUGACGACAAAAGCAAUGCAGAAACAGUAAAUGAAACAUUGCCAGAAAUUAAUGAGUCAAGUCAGGAAGAUGAUCCAAAUGAGAGUGACGAUAAAGAAGAACAAAUUGCAAGCAAUGACAGUGACGAUAAGAGCGCUGCAGAAACCGUAAAUGAAACACCGUCAGAAAUUAAUGGUUCAAAUCAGGAAGAUGGUCCAAAUAGAAAUGACGAUAAUGAAGAACAAAUUGCAAGCCACGAGAGUGAUGACAAAAGCAUUGCAGAAACAGUAAAUGAAACACUGCCAGAAAUAAAUAGGUCAAGUCAGGAAGAUGGUCCAAAUAAAAGUGACGACAAUGAAGAACAAAUUGUAAGCAAUGACAGUGACGAUAAGAGCGCUGUAGAAACCGUAAAUGAAACACCGGUAGAAAUUAAUGGGUCAAGUCAGGAAGAUGAUCCAAAUAGAAGUGAUGACAAAAGCAUUGCAGAAACAGUAAAUGAAACACCGCCAGAAAUAAAUAGGUCAAGUCAGGAAGAUGAUCCAAAUAAAAGUGACGAUAAAGAAGAACAAAUUGCAAGCAAUGACAGUGACGAUAAGAGCGUUGCAGAAAUAGUAAAUGAAAUACUGCCAGAAAUUAAUGAGUCAAGUCAGGAAAAUGAUCCAAAUAGAAGUGACGAUAAUGAAGGACAAAUUGCAAGCAAUGACAGUGACGAUAAGAGCGCUGCAGAAACCGUAAAUGAAACACCGUCAGAAAUUAAUGGGUCAAGUCAGGAAGAUGAUCCAAAUAAAAGUGACGAUAAUGAAGAACAAAUUGCAAGCAAUGACAGUGACGAUAAGAGCGCUGCAGAAAUAGUAAAUGAAACACCGGUAGAAAUUAAUGAGUCAAGUCAGGAAGAUGAUCCAAAUAAAAGUGACGAUAAUGAAGAACAAAUUGCAAGCAAUGACAGUGACGAUAAGAGCGCUGCAGAAAUAGUAAAUGAAACACCGGUAGAAAUUAAUGAGUCAAGUCAGGAAGAUGAUCCAAAUAAAAGUGACGAUAAUGAAGAACAAAUUGCAAGCAAUGAAGGUGACGAUAAGAGCGCUGCAGAAAUAGUAAAUGAAACACCGGUAGAAAUUAAUGAGUCAAGUCAGGAAGAUGAUCCAAAUAAAAGUGACGAUAAUGAAGAACAAAUUGCAAGCAAUGACAGUGACGAUAAGAGCGCUGCAGAAAUAGUAAAUGAAACACCGGUAGAAAUUAAUGAGUCAAGUCAGGAAGAUGAUCCAAAUAAAAGUGACGAUAAUGAAGAACAAAUUGCAAGCAAUGACAGUGACGAUAAGAGCGCUGCAGAAAUCGUAAAUGAAACACCGGUAGAAAUUAAUGGGUCAAGUCAGGAAAAUGAUCCAAAUAGAAGUGAUGAUAAUGAAGAACCAAUUGAUAGUAAUGUUCCAAAUCGUAGAAUAAGAAAACGCAGACGUAAUAAAUUAAUAUUUGUAUUUGUCAACUCAAACUCAGACUCAGACUAUAUGUACUAAAAAAAAUCUUUAAUGAAUUAUAAAUAAAAGAUUUUUUCACCAAAGCGAAAA